UCUCUGAGCAAACAGUGGGAGAAAGCGCUACAUAGAGCUAUUAGUCUUCAGCUUCAGGAAUGAGGUGUGUAAUGUUACUGGACUCGUGUUAAAGGGGGAUGAGUGAACAGUAGUCAUGCUGGCUGUAGCCCGGCUCUCCUCGCGCUCUGACUGACGGGCUGAGUGAACGGGCUCUGCUGCAGCCGCUUGUCCUCCAGCCGGUUCUGGACACGAUGCCGGAGAGUACCGGGAGAAAAGCGCCCGGGCUCCGAUCAGAGACUGCCCCGAACUGUGUCUGCCGGACCGGCGCGUGUUCCCGGAGAUGCCCCCGGUGAGAUAACCCCUCUGCAGGCGGCCGAGGCCAGAGAGCAGCCCUGUCUAAUGCCUUCAGCGACCGUCCACCCAGAACCAGGACAAUAUGAGAAGAGUCAGCCGGCUGAUCAUCGCCAUGUGUUUGGGCUCCUUUGUCAUGAUCAUAAUCUACUUCCAGAGUAAUCUGAAGACAGUAUUGCCUCAAGGCAGUGAGCGGGCCAGAGGUUCCAGGAAGUCUGUCAGGAGCCCACUCCAAACUCUCUACGCAACUGACCCUAUGGACCUAUCCCCCCUGCACCUGAUGCACCAGUCCAGGCGUGAGCUCCUGCAGGACGCGUGCCGUGAGCACACGCACAAGCGUCGUGUGCUGAUCCCAGAUGACUUGAAGCACGUGAUUGUGGACGAUCUCCAUGGCCUGCUCUACUGCUAUGUGCCGAAAGUGGCGUGCACCAACUGGAAGCGCGUGCUGUUAGUGCUCACGGACGAGUCGGGGAACCUGCGUGACCCUCUGCAGAUCCCAGCCAACGAGGCGCAUGCGCCGGGCCGCCUGCGCACACUCUCAGAGUACUCUGCUCCAGAGAUUAACCGACGUCUGCGUGGAUACCUCAAGUUCUUGUUUGUGCGUGAGCCCUUUGAGCGGCUCGUGUCGGCCUACCGCAACAAGUUCACACGCAGCUACAACACAGCCUUCCACCGACGCUACGGCACACGCAUCAUCGCAAGGCAUCGUCACGAGCCAAGUCCGGAAGCGCUUGAGCGCGGUGAUGACGUGUCUUUCGCAGAGUUUGUACGCUACCUUGUGGACCCAGGCACGCGCCGCGAGGAGCCCUUUAACGAGCACUGGGAACGAGCACACACGCUCUGCCACCCCUGCCUCAUCGGCUACGACGUGGUGGGCAAGUACGAGAAGCUGCACGAGGACGCUGCCUACGUACUCAAGCUGGCGGGCGUCGAUGGUGACGUGAGCUUCCCCAGCUUGGCCGGGAGCACGCGCACCACCGGAGACAUGGCUGCCGACUUCUUUAAAAGCAUCAGCCCAGAGUACCAGAAGAAGCUGUACGACCUGUACGGCAUGGACUUCCUGCUGUUCAACUACUCAACACCUGCAUACCUGCAGCUCACAUGAGGCCUGGAGCCUCUCACGUGUUUUAGGGUUUAUGUGUUGAUGUUGCAAGUUUAUUUGAGUUAUUAUCAGAACACUGUGCCUUUAGGCAUCAUGAUGUAUUGUAUCAUUUUCGUUUGCGAUGCAUUAUUGAUAUGUGAAUGAUGUUUUUAUUGAAACAUAGGUUAAACUUCCUAAAACUCAAACCUUGAUUUGAGUAACUCCACAUUUUGCCGCUAAUCAAAAAAAUAGGGUAAAUCUGUGGUGAAGAUCAAAUAGACAGAAGGUAAAAUUCUUUGAAACACCAAUAAAUACAAAAUUCCUGGUAUUUGCUUACCGUAUUUUUCGGACUAUAAGGCGUACCGCAUUAUCAGUGAAGGUCUAUUUUCUGGUCUUUUUUGAUACAAAAUGCACACUCAAUAAUAAUGUGCAUUAAGCGACACUAGUAAGGAUGCCUACAUCGAAGUGAGCAAGGGUGUCUCCAUGUUUUCUUUCUAAUAGGGAAGCUGGGGGAAGCGCCUAAGUAAACAAAACUGUAAUUCUUAAAAAAAAAAAGCCAAACAAGUGCUGGAUGUUAAUCUACUCUUUCUAUUCCUCUCUUGAAAAACUGUUUAUUUGGGUGAGUAAAGUGCUUCCAUUUGUUUACACUAAUAUAGAUUUCCAAUAUUUUACGUAAAUGCCAACUGAGGAACCAUUCCGGUAAACCAGGGGGCUAUUAGCCUUCAUCAGCAUUAGCAUCUAAUGCUAAUGCUGCUGCACCCAGCCUUAGUGCUGGAGAAAUUGCACUGAAAACUCACCCAUAUAACGCUGUACUUCAGCAGAUUGGCUUUACUGCCCCUUAUUGCCUGACUGGUAGAAUUCAUAUAUAAGGCUCACUGGAUUGUAAGACACACUGUAAAUUUUGGGGAAAAUGAAAGAAAAUUUAGGUGUGCCUUAUAGUCUAAAAAUUACGGUAUUCAGGAGUAUUGUAUAAUCUUCAGUAACACAAAUACCGUAAAGUAUCAUAGAGAAUUGUAUUGCAAUAUAUCAUCAUUGUUUUUGGAAUUGAAUUUUGAGAUGUCUUUUGAUUUCCACCCCUAAUCUGCACAUCUGUUGGACAGUGACAGGGUGGAGAAUUUUGCACAAAAAUCGCUGGUUAAAGAAAACCUCUUGAACUGUUCAUAACUGUUCAUGUCCUCUUUUGAAUAUUUCUAAAAUUAUUUUAUAAAGAUUUUUUUAAUUACUGUUCUAUUUCAGCACAACAGAGUGGACAGCUUGGACAGCAGCAAUGUGAAUUAUGACAUAUUGAUCUUCAGAAAAGGAUAAUUUAACUAAAUGUCUUUUAAAAUCAUUUGUAAAUUGUAAUUAAUAUGAAUCUUGUGUUCUGUUCUUGGACUGAACUUGCUGAGAUGGCCUGAAUUUACCUUAUUUUAAGUUGUUUCACUAUUUUUUUUUACAGUGGAACACUUGAUUUUUUCAGCUUUUUAAACCUAUGCCUGGACUCGUCCUCUUCUCAAAACUUCUGGCCUCAGAGAGCUCUAAGCAUCUUGCCAGACACGUGUUAGCUGACAUAGCAGAAUUGGCAGUUAGCGUUCUCCUCCAAGCUGAGCAGUUGUCCAGUCACAAUGAGGUGACUGCAGUUUGGAAAAAAUGUGGUGUUUGGUUUUAUGUGACUCUGAGGAAUCGUGUGCUAACCUUGCCCCUCCCAGACUAGUGGUUCUGUGCAGUGUGUGGAGAAUAAAAACGCUGGUGAGAAUUGAACACCACUAAAUUAGUUUGGAACUGCCUUUGUCCUUGUUUUGUGCCAAUGGCUUUUUAAAGUUUUUAAAGUUUUAGCAUUGUUAGUUUAUCUUACAUCAUGGGAUGUUAAAAUUACAUCAAAAUGGAAUGAAUUUCACCCAUCUACAAAAAAAACAAGUUGUGAUUUCUGAAUAUGUGACCAUGUGUCAGGGUUAAUAUUAACCUAGUUAUAUCAUAUUUCAGUUGUCAUUUUUCAGGUAUAAUAAGGUUGUUUUUUAAUAUGCCAUUAAAACGUGUUUUUAAUGAAAGUGUUGUUGGAUAUUGAUGCAAUAGCAAGUUUCAGUAAUUGUUUGUUUGUGCCAUAUGAACACAUGAAACAUACAUAAAAUUGUUUGUGGCUCUGUUCACAUUACAAGCCUUAUUAAUCAAUUUUGUUUUUCGCUCAGAUUGGAUUUUGGCAAAAUUUACGGUUCACAUUUAUAUGACAGAUUUCUUCCCAGUUGCCUACAUUAGUUGCCUACAGGUAAAAAGUCACGUGAAAUCCGAUCUGUUUACAUUCAUGUGUCAUGCCCACAAAUCAGAAGCAUAUCUGACCUUAUAGGAUCAUAUACUGUAUGCAAUGCUGUGUUCAGACCGACAAAAUUCAAAUGUUAGCAUAUCUACAGUAUAUUGCAUCCAGAUUGAGGUUUAAUAGUCUGAACAGCCAGAAACUACAUAAAAUCUGAUUUUUGCUAAUCGGAUCCAAACCGCAUUUGAAGUAUGAUAUUUUGCUUCACUUACAACACAUUAAACAACAAGUACAUCAAUUAUAUUAGAAUGAUGGAAGUGCAGGGAUACAAAAGAAUGCCAAAUGGUAUUACUGACACAGACCAUAACACCAUAUCAACCCAUGCAGAUUCCUAUGCGACGUAUGGGUAUGCUAAUCUUCUUCAUCACUUGCAAAUAACAGUGUGGACAGUCAUCUCAAAAGACUUGAUUUGCCUACAGUAUGAACAUAUCCAGAGUGAUUUAAAAAAGUCUAGAUUUGACCUGUCCACACUGCCCUGACUAAUUCAGAUCUGUGGCAAAUUAAGGCAAAAAAAAUCUAAUUUGAGUCAUUUAAGGCUGGUAAUGUGAAUGUAGCCUGAGUUCUGAGACAAAGAUAUGGGUGUAUUGGUUCACAGUGGAGAUCAGGAAUUCCCAACAAGGUGAAGGUCUAAAGCCUAAGGUGUUACACAUGUUUUCUUCUAAUGGAAACCGAGUGUACUUCAGUGCUCAUGCUGGUUGUCAUGAGCAUAACACAGAGUUUAAGAGUUCUUGCAAGUGCUCUUCAUACUCUAAACUGUCUGUGUUCUGUCAGUGCCUUGAGAACAAGGGUUUUAAGGGACCAGAAAUGUGAAGCAAAACUGUAAUUUCAGACGGUCACAACACUCUAGGGCAUGGACACUUAUUUAAAAAAAAACAGUUAUUUAUCUUGAGAGUUCAGGCUGGAGAACCACUGAACUCUCACAGUGAAGACUCAACAUUCAGCAGCUCUGUAAUUACAGAUGAACUCAAAUAAACCAGGCGAAGCAGA